UUCCCAUCCUUCCGCACAACAUGGCAUCAUCUUCCUCGUCUACCUCUGCCUCUCGAUGGAGCUUCCUGCCGUCGACGUACUCCCUCCAUGCAUGGCUGCCUGCCACGACCAUUGCCCAAGCGACGCCGACGCCAUUCACCAAGGACGCCGACGUCGACGGCUGGGUCUUCCUCGGCAAGGAAACCGACAUCAAGAGCUUCACAUACGCCGACGUCGCCGCCGGCAAGCGCGAGCAGGUCGUCGACGAGACCAACAAGGACUACGUUUGGCUGCCGACGCUGCCCGAUACGACGCGAUAAGCGCCGCUCGCUAUAUAUCCAGAUUAACUUAAAUACCCAGAAAGAGUAAAGACGACUUUAUAUAAGAAACACACGCGAUGGC